GUACCCGGUUAACUGAAAAACUGAGCGACUGAUAAUUACAACUUCACAAUCACAACAAACUUUCUCAGUGAACCGUGUGUUGCAUCGCUACAAAAUGAACCAGAGGCAUCUCACUGUGUCUCGCAAUGAGGCACUAGAGGCCUGGGUCCAGAUGUAAUGGCCACACUUAGGACAAGAUGGCUUCUGUCCAUCUUUCUGGUCAACCUGCCAAAUUGUUGUGCAUCAACAGGUCCUCCUGCUCCCCCCUCUAACCUCAAGUGCUUUAUUCCAUGUAAUGAAAAUGGCAGUGAGGAACAUAUCAACUGUACUUGGGAUCAAACGCCAGACCCUGGGAUCCCCACUAACUACAGCCUGCACUGGGUGCCAGCAUCUAGCAAAGAGGGCAAUGUGACUAAUGUGAAUGGGUCUGCGGUUAUCGAUCGUGAAAAAUAUAACAGCCACAGUGAUCUUCGUGUUUGGGUCCAGGCUAAGAACCAGAAUGGUUCUGCCAAAUCUAAGGACAUUACCUUCAACACAGGAAAUAUCUAUAAGCCAGCCCCUCCUAAGAUCACAGAGAUCUAUCAGGACCAAUUGGAGAUUCAUUGGAAUGUCACCUGUUGUCAGGGGGCCUUUGCGAAACAGUGUGAUGUACGACAUCGGGCUGCGGGGGACCAAGUCUGGCAGGAGACUACAGCCUUUCCCGGCUAUAUACUCGACGAUGCCCAGCCCGGCAUAGUCUAUGAAUUUCAGGUUCGCUGUGCCUGUGGCAUAGGCUUGAGCAGUGACUGGUGUGCAAUCCACAGAGUGAUCUCAGAGAAGGCCCCUGUCGGGCAGCUGGAUUUAUGGAUGGACUGCGGGAGCUCCCCUACAAGUGUUGACUGUGCUCUGACCUGGAAGAAGCUUCCUUUAUCGCAGGCUUGCGGUCACAUUCUGAGAUAUGAAGUCAAACUGUUAAACAAGACUGGCGCAUGGUCAGUGAAUUUGUCCACAACUGAGCCAAGCGGCCAGUUGGUGUGUGAUGAGAUGCAGUGCUACCACAAUUCCUCUCUAAAGGAUGUAUUGUCAGCCAGUGUAUCAGCCCACAACGCUCAUGGUGCCACAAGACCUUCUAAUCUAACUAUCCCAAUACGAGGUAAAGAGCCAAAGGAGAAAGUUAUUGACCUCAAGAUGAAUAAAGAGAACCUCACUGUCUCGUGGAAUCUGCCCUCUCAGCUCUCUGACAAGGAAUAUGUGGUGCAAUACAAACAAGCAGGAAGUCCUCCAGGCCAAGGAUUUGAUUGGGUCAGAGUAGAGAAAGGUCAUACAACUGGAAUUUUUAAAGGUCAUUUCAAAAACUACACUGCCUACCAAGUUUCACUCAUCACAGUAUCACACAGCGGGGAAUGUCAUCGCAUUUCAUCGGUUAUUGAAUAUUCUGGUCAAGGAACCCCCUCUGAAGUGCCUUUAUUUAAAGUGGAUUCCAUUUCUGCCACCAGCGUGACCCUGUUUUGGAAGCAUGUGCCACUGUUAAAACGGCGUGGGUUGAUCCUGCACUACGAAAUAGGAGGAGACAGACAAAACAAAGUGCACGAGGUGCCCGUGUCCCCGCAGCAUGAAAGUCAGACUUAUGAGCUGCAGGAUCUCACUCCAAACCAGGAGUAUGAAGUGUGGAUAAAGGCUGUGACCAAGGCCGGGCCUGGAGCCAAUGUCACCACAAGGUUCAAUACAAAGCGCGAAGAAAGUUUUGCACUCAUAAUAAUCGUGCUUAUACCAUGUAUUCUGGCUCUAAUAUGCCUUCCUGUUUUUCUCAGUGUUUGCAGAAGAGAAAGUAAAGCGUGUCCACUGAUGCCUUCAUGUUUCUAUGAGAAAGUGCCAGAUCCUCACAAUAGCCGCAUCUUCACACAGAUGAAGCACCAGAUGAAUGACUCCUUGGCUUGGAUCUGCAUUUCCGUCUAUGAGCCACAUCCUAACAUCUCUCUGGUGGAGAUAGUGGAAAUCGAGCACAAGGCUCUCGAGUCCUCUCUGGAGACAACCUCCCACCCUAACGGAUUAAGUAGGCCAUUAGUGGGAGGUGGAAGCUCACAAAUUGACUGCCAAGAUGAUCAGAGGGAGGAUGCUGUCACAGAGGAGUGUGACAGGACAGACCACAGAUAUGGAGGAGAUCAGUACAGCAAAAUGGUUGACUCUGAUGAGGAGAGGGACAACGAAGAGGAGGACAGCUAUGAUUGUUUGAGCUCAUCAGAGGAAGACAGGUUACGAAUGGCAGGUUACGAAAAACACUUCAUGCCCUCUAUGCAGGAAAUAUUGGAAGUUUAAUGAUAUCACCACAUAGGAUUGUGCACAUUUAUCUUAGAUGUGUGUUGUACCUUUUUUAAAUAUGCAAAAACAAGUGUCGUUAUUAUAGAUGAUCACUGGACAGGAUUCUCUAGCCUCUUUCUGAGGGAUUCUGGAGAGCAGACUCAGGUUACUGUAGAGAUUUGUCUGCUAAAGGUAUUGGCAGUCAACCAGUCCUUCUCUCUACUCUGUCUUCCACCUUUUGCAUUUGUUUGAUUUGUUACAUUUGGUUAUUGUUUGUGUUCACUUUAGUUUUUGAUGCAGACUCGAGUUGCAAUAUAAAGUAUGCAAAAUCAGGAAUCAUUUGUCUCUGACACUGAUAUCACGUGCUUAUAUGUAUAAACAUCUCAGAAAAUAUGACAAAUAUAACAAAUCAGAAAAUAUAGAAUUCUGUGUAUAAUAUUAAAAGUAGAUAAUAUAAUAUUUGGAAGGAAUAUCUACUUAAUAGAGCAUAAUGAAAUUUGUAGGCAAUAUCAUCAAGUGACACUGGAUUAAUACCUAAAUUUAAUACCGGAAAUUUUUAUUUGAGUUAUUAACUCCUGGAUGAACCCUUGAAUGUACAUAUGUGUGAAUCAGAAAAUGUUCCCAUAACUCAUACAUGGGUUUAAGUAUUAAAAAUGAUGUAAGAACUCUUUAAACCCACUGAAUGUAAAUUUGGACAUAUCAGGUGCUGCUUCAUGUAUUAUAUUCCUGCCUUGACCAAUGUAUUUUUUUUACAUUUUACCUCUUUUUUUUCUUAGGAUGUGAUAAAAUAAACAUUUUAUUACAACA